AUGAACAGAGUAUAUGUUACUUUCGGCGGCGUUGAAUCAAGCUCCAGAUCAUUCAAGGGUUCUGAUUCUGGAACGAGCGUUCCAUCCUUGAAGGCCAUGUAUCAGCCAGAAGCGCCCCACUUAGACGGGCAGCCCGGUGGUCCAGUCAAUGCACUCUCGGGUGGCAUGACUGGGGGUACAGAUCCCGCCCCUUCCCACUUGGGGCCGCAACCCCCGGCAAAGCCAUCCCCUCAAGCAGACGGCAGAAAGUGGCCUCCCUAUGAGAGGAGGGGCCGGGAAGAGGAACCGCCAGGGCCCCGCCUUUGGGUGGGGAAUUUGUCCCCAAGCGUCACCGAGAAGGAGUUAAUGGAUCGCUUUGGCCCGUUCGGGCCUCUGGACAGCGUCUUUGCGCACAAGGAGCGCAACUUUGCAUACGUCCAGUUUCGUGAAACCCAGGAUGCCGAGGCGGCCAAGAACGCCAUGAACGGAGCCAGCUUGUAUGGGCAGGCGAUUCGUAUCGAGUACGCAAAGUCGGAUCCCAAUCGGGGCGCGCCCCAUCACCGGCCGCCUGCCCGGGAGCCGUAUCUCGACAGAGCGCCACCACCGCGGGGUCCCAGACGUCCAGAGCUCGGGCGCGACCCCGACGACCUGAACGAGCCGAGCCCGUGCCUCUGGAUCGGUUUCCCGCCCGACGCCGACAUCGACGAGAUGGUGCUGCGCGGCAUCUUCGGGCGGCUCGGAGAGAUCGACAAGGUUCGGUCGUUCCCGAAUCGGCCGUACGCUUUCGUGCAGUUCUUUGACACGGCCACGGCGAUGCGCGCUCGCGAGCAGGUGCGCAAGUAUCCAAGCAAGCUGAACGACCCACGUGUCAGCAUCCGCUUCAGCAAGCAAGUGAUCGGGGAGAAGCACCGGGGCAACGACACAGGAUACCGCCGACCUCGGGAGUACGACUCUGCCGCUUCCGAUCCAUACUACCCCGACCCGCUCUCCCCCAACAAGCGGGCCCGCACCGGCGGUCCCUACGACAGCGCUCCUGCAGACUAUGGCUACGGAGCGCCCCCACCGGGGCCUUCCCCCGGGCAACCAGGAGCACCCCCCGGAUUUGGCGCCCCGGCCGCUUAUGGGGCUUUGGAAGCGCCCGGUUAUGCCCCCGCCGGGCCGAUCAUUUGGCACGGGACGCUCGCCAAGUCGGGGACGACCGUGUGCAAGGCGCGGUGCUUUGCGAUUGGAAAGGCGCCCGAGGUUCUGAUCCCCGAGACCGUCAACUGCACUGCGCGCACCGACCUCGACACCCUGGCCCGCCACGUUUACACCAUCGCCGACUACAACGUCGUCUGCUUCGAGCCGGAGACCGCCGAAGACCAGCCUCCGUACCACGACUUCCUGCGUUACCUGGGCGACAAGCGGCGCGCGGGCGUCGCAAAGUGGGGGGACGGCGGCGCGACGCUGUUCCUGGUCCCGCCGUCCGACUUCUUGACGGACGUCCUGAAGGUGCCGGGUGCGGACCGACUGCUGGGGGUGGUGAUGACGUUCCGGUCGACGCAGUUUGCGCCCCCGCUGCAGGCUCCCCUCCCCCCCCAGCCUCCUCCAGGUCCCCCCCCCCUCCCGACGCCACAGGACCACCAGCCCCCCCGGGCCCACCCCCACCUCACGCCCAGCCUGCUUAUGCGGCCCAGCCCGCUUACCCCCCCUCCCCCCAGGCCGUCCUUCCGCCCCCCCGGUGCAAAGUCAGGGGGCUGCCCCCGCAAACCCCCUAGCAGGGGUCAACCCUGA